UCUGCUCAAAAUUUUCAGUGAUUCCUCAUCUUACUCUAAGUAAAAGCCAAAAUUUUACCUUGGCUGACAAGGCCCCAUAUGAUCUGACUCUGUUACUUCCUAGUCCUCCAAUUGCAUUGCUUACCACUCUCUCCUUUGUGGGUUCCUCCCCUCUAGCCACACUGACCUCCUUGAGGAUCCUUUGCACAUACCAAGCAUGCUCCUUUCUAAGGGUCUGUGCACCUGCUUUCUGUCUUCUGGAAUGCCCUUCCUCAUAUCUCCGUGUGUUUGUUCCCUCACAUACUUUUCCCUCCCCCUUUAUAAAAUAGAAUGCCAUUGCCAAUCUCCUCUACCCUGUUUUAUUUUUCUCUGUAUCACUUUUGACCACGGAUAAUUUUAAAGGCUUGAAGUAGAAAAUCAGUAGCAAACCACCCCCUGGAAUAGGGAUAGGGGAGACAUCUUGGAGGGGAAAGGGGCUCUGCCUUGCCAUUGGGAUCUGGGGAGGAAACAGGGGGGCAAGGCUGAGAGUUUGUGGGCAGAAAAGCCUACCUUCCUUUGAAGCACCGGCAGGCAGCACUGCCUCCUUGGGCUGGGAAAGCACAGCCUAUCCAUUAGCCCCAACUAGAGAAGGGGGCAAAAUUCUGUCUAGGGUGAUCCCUAGGGGUGGACCGCUGAAUGUGGGGGGCUUUCUGAGCGUCCAGCACGGUUGGGCGGGAGACCCUUUGGUGCCUCCGGGUGGUGGCCUGUGGUGCUGCAGCAGAAGGCGUGUGAGGCAGAGGGUGGGCAGCGCAGCUGAGCUCACUGCCACGGGCGCAUCCAUCCCUCCUGGGCCUAUAAUUUGGGUUCCCCGGCCCUGGCCGCCCCUAUCAGCGGCUCAGCAACAGAUGAGUCACCCGGGACCCCGGGCCAAGGCAAACAUGGUGGGGGGAGGAGUAGGAGGAGGUUUCCGAGGCUGCUUUAGCCACCGCCUCAGUUGCUCGAUGAUCCCCCAAUCUCCAGGGGCCCCCACUCUCUUCUUUGACCCCCGCCCUCCAGGGCCCCAAGUGUUCUUCCCACAUUGCUCUCGCUACACCCUCCAUCCCUAUGAUGGCAAGAAUAGCCCUGCACUCUUCUCAUGGAAGGGAAAGGGGACAAGCUUGUUCACACUCCCUCCACACAGCGACAACAGUCCCCCACUUUCCCCCUCCUGUCAUGGCCCCAACCCACGUCAAGGGCUCUCUGGUUCCCGCCCCUCCCCUUUCCUGGAGCUGGCCGCGUGCUUGGGGUAUUAGGCAAUGGGUGUGCACCGCAGCCCUCUCCAGGCCCCGCCUGUCCCACCGCCCUCUAGCUGCCUGCGGGUCAGUGCUCAGGCCAGCCGGUCGGGCUGAGGGCACUGCGGGCCAGCUCAGGCCACCCAGUCUGCCUGCCUGUGGCCUCUUGUCCCAGAGUUGGGCUUCAGUGGAGAGACGGAGCAGGAGGACCAGGCUGGAAUCCCAGGCUGAUGUGCAGGAAAAAGGAUGAGGACAUUGGUGAGGAUCACUGAAUCCAGGUAUAAGGAUGAAAACUACUGAGAUUGGGCUUGCAGAGUCUGGUGGCCUCAAAAGCCACACAUGGUUUGGCUCUUGUCCUCUAAAUGGGAAGGAGGGUCAGGAGCUCCAGGGCUCCCUCUCCGCCAUUGCUGAGGUAGGGAAUCAGAGAGCCCUCUCUGCUCCAGGCUGUCCAGUGUCAAGGACCGUGGCACUUACACCUCAGUCUGCUCAGGGCCUGGUGGUCAGUAAAUAUCCCAACAGAUAUAUGCUGCUGAUCUCCUCGCUUCAGAUGGCUGUGCCCCCUAUCCAGCAGUGACCCCUCCAGCAUGGAGCAGGACCUGCAACAGCACAGACUAGGCUGGCUGCCCAGCAGAACUGCACUGCCACCAACAAGGAAGAGGUGACUGUGGCUGUGGGUAUCAGCCCUGUGCCUCUGCUUACUGGGGGGCAGUCUCUGAGUCAAUGUGCCUGGGGCGCACGGGGCCAGCCAUGCCAUGGGCUGCGGUCUGGCAGGGGCGGGGGGCGGCUGGGAAGCCUGGGGCCCCUCUCUGGCAAAAAUAGCCCACAGUGGUUAGAGCUUCGAGGGUGAGUCAGGCGGGAGCACAGUGGCGCCUAACCCCUUCGCUGCCGCUGGAGCUCCGUAAGGCGCUUUGCUUUUAGCUGUGCACCCCCCCCCACACCAGGUUCUUUCCUGGUUGCCCUUAGGCUGGGCUCAAUUUGGGAUCUCAAGGCUUUUCUCAGCCCAUGUGAAGCAAGUCUGCAGCCAGGAGCAGGAAUCUGAGCCCCCUGAAGUGCAGACCCAGGAAUCUCAGGAAGAAGGGUAGGAAACCUCCGUGGGCAAGGAUGCCUGCAAGGCAAGGGAAACGUAGCAGCAGGCUGGAAAUCUUUGGGGCUACUGGAGCCUCCGCUAGGACCAAAUCCUGAGGCCAAAGCUGACCCCUCCCAAGGGGCAGGCCCAGGGCUUGGAGUGGGCGGGAGCCAAGCCUCCCAGACCUGCACUUCUCCUGCCCACUCCAAGUGCUCUGUGUGUGCUAUAACUGUGGGCUCUGUGUGCAACUGUCCCACAUCUGAGAAGCCUGAGGACGGUUCAGCUCCAUCCUCAUCUUAUCAAAGAUGCCCUCCAGCCACCCUGCUCUCGGUGGGGAAACUGAGGCAAAGAGAAAUGAUGAAAGAUUUGGUCAUUUGGACCUGGUCCUUGUCUGGGUCAUGGCACGCUCCCUGCAGCCUUGGCAACCCCAGAGCAGGUGAGAGGAGCUCUAGCCACCUCCCACUUGAGUGGGGCCAAGCCUAACCGGCGUCGGGGGAGAGGGUGUGUGUGUUCACUGGGAGGAGGGGGAGCGGCUGCGUUCCCCUGGUCAAGGGGGGGGAUGCGGGGUAGGGUGGGGAUGCCCGGGGCUCGGGGUGGGGCCGCAGCUCCGACAGCCCGGCAGAGCCACCGUGAGCUCCGAGCGAGUAGAGCCAGAGCCCCCGGUUCUUUGCUCGCCCGCUCGCUAGCUCUCUCAAUCACUCCCUCCCUCCCUCCCUUCCUCCUGGCGGCCGCGGCGGCGGCGCUGGGGAAGCAGCGAAGAGGAGUGGCCCGGCCCUGGAAGAAUGCGGCUCUGCCGCCGAGGGGGCAGAACCCGACGCAGUCUCCCCACGGUUUAAGCAGCCCGAUCCGAACCCAGGAGACUCAAGCGUGCUGAUCGCGGACCCCGCACCAGAACAACUGGAGGUCCUGACCGAGCUGCCCAGCGGAGCCUCCGGGCUUCGACAUGCUGGAGGAGCCCCGGCCACGGCCUCCGCCCUCGGGCCUCGCGGGUCUCCUGUUCCUGGCGUUGUGCAGUCGGGCUCUAAGCAAUGAGAUUCUGGGCCUGAAAUUGCCCGGUGAACCGCCGCUGACGGCCAACACCGUGUGCUUGACGCUGUCUGGCCUGAGCAAGCGGCAAUUAGGCCUUUGCCUGCGCAGCCCCGACGUGACAGCGUCUGCGCUUCAGGGUCUGCACAUCGCGGUCCACGAGUGUCAGCACCAGCUGCGCGACCAGCGCUGGAACUGCUCAGCGCUCGAGGGCGGCGGUCGCCUGCCGCACCACAGCGCCAUCCUCAAGCGCGGUUUCCGUGAGAGUGCUUUUUCCUUCUCCAUGCUGGCUGCUGGGGUCAUGCACGCGGUAGCCACGGCCUGCAGCCUGGGCAAGCUGGUGAGCUGCGGCUGUGGCUGGAAGGGCAGUGGUGAGCAGGAGCGGCUGAGGGCCAAACUGCUGCAGCUGCAGGCACUGUCCCGGGGCAAGAGUUUCCCCCACUCCCUGCCCAGCCCUGGCCCUGGUUCAGGCCCCAGCCCUGGUCCCCAGGACACAUGGGAAUGGGGUGGCUGUAACCAUGACAUGGACUUUGGAGAGAAGUUCUCUCGGGAUUUCUUGGAUUCCAGGGAAGCUCCCCGGGACAUCCAGGCACGAAUGCGAAUCCACAACAACAGGGUGGGGCGCCAGGUGGUAACUGAAAACCUGAAGCGGAAAUGCAAGUGCCAUGGUACAUCAGGCAGCUGCCAGUUCAAGACAUGCUGGAGGGCAGCCCCAGAGUUCCGGACAGUGGGGGCAGCAUUGAGGGAGCGGCUGGGCCGGGCCAUCUUCAUUGAUACCCACAACCGCAAUUCUGGAGCCUUCCAACCUCGUCUGCGUCCCCGUCGCCUCUCAGGAGAGCUGGUUUACUUUGAGAAGUCUCCUGACUUCUGUGAGCGAGACCCCACCAUGGGCUCCCCAGGCACGAGGGGCCGGGCCUGCAACAAGACCAGCCACCUGUUAGAUGGCUGUGGCAGCCUGUGCUGUGGCCGUGGGCACAACGUGCUUCGGCAGACGCGAGUUGAACGCUGCCAUUGCCGCUUCCACUGGUGCUGCUAUGUGCUGUGUGAUGAGUGCAAAGUCACAGAGUGGGUCAAUGUAUGCAAGUGAGGGUAAGCCUCACCGUGGGGCUGGUGGAGGGGACUGUAUGAGAGGGAUACCUUUUCAGCCAUUUGCUCUGAUUUCCAUCCAGGGUCAAUCCUGGUCCCUGAAGGCUCAAAGUAUCUACCUGGAAACAGCUUUGGGGGUGUGGGGUCUGGUGGACUCUGUGAUGUGCCGACUUCUCCCCAAAAGUUGGAGGGCCUUGUGGGGAAGAUGUUAUCCCUCUUCUGCUCCUUAAACACCUGAAUGGACUAAGAUGAAAUGCACUGUAUUGCUCCCCCUUCUCAACUCCAGGGCCCUUUAAACCCUGAUUCAUACCCCUUUUGGCUAGGGAGUCCCUGUAGUUUGAUCACUC